AUGGCCGCCUCGAAGCCCGUGCUCCUCCUGCUGGCCGCCUGCGCCGCCGCCUCGCAGGCUGCCUCCCUGCGCUCGGCCUCCGGGGCUGCCGCGAACCCGGUGCGCAAGGUGGUCUCGAUGCUGCAGUCGAUGCAGAAGAAGGUCGAGGCGGAGGGCGAGAAGGAAGAGGAACCUUCAGGGGGGCCCGCGGACUGCAAGACGGGGGCCGCGGACCUCUCGGCCAGCAUCACCGCCGCUGGCACCAAGGGCACCCAGCUCGGCUCCGACGUCGCGUCGGCGGAGGAGCAGCUCGCCCAGGUGAAGCAGGAGCUGAAGGACGCGCAGGCGGAGCGCGCGGAGGCCAAGACGGCCAUCGCCAGCGCGACCUCGAUCCGGGAGAAGGAGGCGGCUGCGUUCGCAGCCACGAAGUCGGAGCUCGAGAGCUACAUCUCCGCUAUCAAGCAGGCCGUCGCUGCGCUGACCAAGGGGAUGGCUGGCGGAUUUCUGCAGACGACCUCGGCGAGCCUGCUGCGCAAGAUCGUGCUGACGAAGGGUGACGUCAUCCAGGACGACGACCGCGAGGCGCUCCUCUCGUUCCUGUCCAGCGGGCACGGCUCCGCCUACGUGCCCGUCAGCGGGGAGGUGACUGGGAUCCUGAAGGAGAUGGGCGACAGUUUCUCGAAGAGCCUCGGGGAGGCCUCGGACACGGAGGCCAACGCCAUCAAG